AUGGCAGAAAAAGCUUUACAUACUGCUACUACAUCUCAGAAUGACCGACAUCGAUUUAUUCAAAAUUUUAUUGUCAUUUGGCUUAAGUCAAACAUCAAUGAAAUUGAUGAUUUGAUAAUUGAAUUACGUCGCAUUUCCACUAUAGUUUUUAUAUUUAAUGAACCUUAUUCAUGUGUCAAAUUUCUCAAAAAUGUUCACGAUCAAAAAAUCUUUCUGAUCAUAUCAAAUAUUCUUGUUGAAACCAUUUUACCACUCGUACAUGAUAUAUCACAACUAGAUUCAAUUUAUAUUUUAUUAUUAUUAAAUACUAUUGAUGAAUAUAAACGUACUUAUAAACAUCAUUCACCUAUUUGGUGAAAACUUCUCGAAACAACACCUAUCGAUGAUUGUGAACCACGUGCUUCAUUUCAUAAUCAGCUUGAAGUUCUUCUUGCUAAUAAAGGUGAAGACAAGAAAGCAUUGGAAUCCUAUGGAAAAGCAAUCAAAAUCAAUCAGAAAGCUUCUUGCACACAUUCAGAUCUUUAUGUGACUCAUGGUAACAUUGCUUUAGUAUAUAAGUCUAUGGGAAAUUAUGAAACUGCACUUGCAAUGUAUAAAAAAGAAUGUGAAAUCGAAGAAAACAUUCCUUUAUCGAAGGAAUCUGAUCGGGUUGUAACUCAUAAUAAUAUUGCGACAGUAUAUCGUUUGAUCGGUGACUUUUCAAAUGCACUUUCUCAUUAUCAAACAGCACUUGAAAUCCGAAAAAAAGUUCUUCCAUCGAGCCAUCCAAGUUCAGUUUUAAGUUUUAAUAAUCUUGUUGUUAUCUAUCAUUCGAUAGGAGACUAUACAACUGCACUAGCAAACUAUCGAGAGGCACUUGAAAUUUAUCGUAAAUCUCUUCCGACUGUCCAUUAUAGGCCAGCUGAAACCUACAACAAUAUGGGUUUUGUUUAUGAUUCGAUGGGCGAUUAUUCAAUUGCACUUUCCUAUUAUCAAAAGGCGCUUGCUAUACAAAAAAAUAGCCUUCCAUUGACGCAUCCUGAACUGGCGAUGACUUAUAAAAACAUGGGUUCUACUUAUGCUGCAAUGGGAGAUUAUUCUACUGCUCUUAAAAAUUUUCAAGAAGUCCAUAAUACUUAA